GUAAGAAAAUAUAUCACAUUAUAUACAACAUUAAUAUUUCUUUUUUUUUGUAGUGCAAUUCUAAUAAAUCUUUAUACUAUAGAAAUCGUAAUUUCAAGAAGUAAUAGAAUAUUAUCAAAACAUGGGACUAAAAAAAUAAAUUUAAAAUGCAAUUAUAAAUUAAAUUUAAAAAAAAAUUAUUAUUUAGAACAUAAAAAACACUCUGGAAUAUCAGCGCAUAGUAGAAAAAGUGCUUCUAAGAACAAGUAUAAUUCAAAAUUUGAAUCCAAAGCAUUAGUUAAGAAAUACACGUCUAUUAUAUGUAAACCAUAUAUAGCAAUAGAUACUUUAUUUGAAAAACUACUAUACAGAGUAUUUUGUACUAUAUACAAAUAUAGAAAAUGUACAGAUCCUGCGCAGAAAAAAAGUUUAAAACUUUCUGUAUUUAUAAAUACAGCUUUGAUAUUUGCUCUACCAGUAAUACUUUUUUUAGCAUCAUCUGUAAUGUAUAUUUUUGCGCAAUUUUUCUCUGAAACAUGGAAGGAUCUUAUGCCAAUUGGGAGCACAAGCAAUUUUUUAACUAAUGUACGUGAUAAUUCGCAGUUCAUUGGACUAUUAUUAUCUAUUUUAAGUGUUUCAAUGAUUAUUUAUACUCUGGUAAAAUUCUUAAAAUAUGUAAUUGAAGUAAGGAAAAAUGAAGUU